ACCGUUGAAUGAACGCUCACCGGAGCAGAAAGCUGCUUCUCCUACAACACGUUUCAUGCGAUAAGGACCUUAUUUUCAGAAGAGAGGGAUUUUUUUGAACACACAGUUUUUAACAUAGACGCUUCUUUUUACAACUCGUCUAUGAGACGAGUCCACGUCACGCGAUCGCACUCGCGCAUUGAACGCGCGGCAAGUUCCGGGCGCCAGCCGUGCUGCGGCAGCCAGUUUCCGGCGUAGAAGCAGAGCGGGCUGAGAUGUCAUAUGCGAUGAUCGCUUGUUAUGUUUGACCGUUUUGACGCGGGUGUUCGGUGAGUGUUGCCGUGUCGUCGCGCGUUUCUUCGCAGGACCGAACGCGUUUGACCGAAGAGGUCUCGCUUCGCAACAUCACGCGUGCAGUCUACGAGGCAGCAUGCAGUUCUACAAGGAGAAACUGCUGUCGCCUGGCCAGCUGAAACGGCUGAGCGAGCACAAGUACAGCUGCACGAGCAACAGCCUUCUGGACGGUUUCCUGCAGCCCUGGUGGGAUUGGCUGGUCAGCAAGGUGCCGCUCUGGCUCGCGCCUAAUCUCAUCACCGUGCUCGGGCUCAUUGUCAACAUUGUCACAACCCUGAUUCUCGUCUACUACAGCCCAGACGCGAGAGUCGAGCCACCAAGAUGGGCAUGUUUUUUAUGUGCGCUUGGUCUAUUUAUAUACCAGAGUUUAGACGCUAUCGAUGGAAAACAAGCCAGAAGAACUGGCACGUCUACCCCAUUGGGUGAACUGUUUGAUCAUGGAUGCGAUUCAAUAUCAACAGUAUUCGUUGCUUUGUCGGCAUGUAUAGCAGUACAAUUAGGAUACUAUCCAACAUGGAUGUUUUUCCAGUGUUUCUGCGCGAUGACGCUUUUUUACUGUGCUCAUUGGCAGACUUAUGUUUCAGGUUCCUUGAGAUUCGGUAAAGUGGAUGUAACGGAAGCACAAUUCACCAUCAUAGGUAUUCACCUGAUUUCCGCAAUCUUUGGUCCAGAAGUCUGGAUGAUGGAGAUACCAUUCUUAGAUGGUUUUAUGUUUAAGUAUUUAUUAGGAGUUAUGACAGUGAUGUGUGCACUGGCAAAUUUGUAUUCCAUAUUUUCGGUGAUUUUUACCGGAGGAGUGGGCAAGAAUGGUUCCACUGUGGCUAUCCCUGUGCUCGGUGUAGGCACAUACAGUAACUACGUAGCAGUGAUCUUUUAUACAGGCUACAUUCAUGUCUUCCUUCAAUUCUGUAAAGUCUUUGAAUCUGGUGGGAUUGGAAAAAACGGUUCCACAAUUGCAUUGCCAUACACUGGCACAGAGGUGAAGGUGUUUCCGUUAUGGGCUGCUGUGGGCAUCGCUAUUUUACUUGCACAGAGCAGUAUAUCCGUCAUUCUCGCCGGUGGUGUCGGAAAAAAUGGCUCCACCGUCGCAGGAACGUCCGUUUUGUCGCCAAUUAUACCAUUUAGUUUUGUGGUAGUACCAGCGUUUAUAAUAUAUAGAAAAAGUGCUGAGCACGUCUAUGAAAAUCAUCCAGCCCUGUACAUACUUGCAUUCGGAAUGGUCGCGGCCAAAGUCACCAACAAAUUGGUGGUUGCUCACAUGACGAAGAAUGAAAUGCAAUAUUUGGAUAGCUCGUUAAUUGGCCCAGCCAUGCUGUUCCUCAAUCAAUAUUUCAACUUUUUCAUCAAAGAGUAUUACGUUCUUUGGCUGUGUUUCAUCUGGGUAAUGCUGGAUCUCUUCCGAUAUAGCGCGCAAGUGUGUCUUGAAAUAUGCGAUCACAUGAAGAUCCGGCUGUUCAGGAUACCAUGCGAUCAUCACACAAGCACUAUCCAGAUCUCGAACGCCGCCGAGAAAAAUGUUCACAUGAUGGUGGAGGAAGAGCCGCUGUUAGACGAGGACGAUCAUCGCGGAUCCGACACGACCGUCGACUUCUGAUAUUAGCGAAAGUGUUAAUUGUUAAUUUAGCCACACACACACAUACACACACAUACACACAUCCACCGACGUAAAACAAUAACGUAAGCUGAUUGCACAGCGUCGGGAUUGCGAAGCCGCGUUUGUUUCGCGUGAGAUUACCGUCCGACGCUGAUACGAAGCGACAUCCGCAAAGAGUACGUAGCGUGGAAUGACUUGCACGAGGAAUGAUUUAUCAAUCUUAUCCUAUGAAUGCAUGAUGUACCUUUGCGUACGUGCUCACGCAUAAAAAGAAGGGAUAUCUUUCGCAUCCUUUUUAUAUCGCAAUAUUUUGUACAUCGUUUCUACGCUACACAUACGAUAUAUGGAAAGCAUAUAAUGCAUACAAUGGAAACAGUACAAAGUGCGCAAGAAUAUUAUUAGCAAUACGAUCGACGGUCAUACCGAUGUGUUUGGACAGUUGUUUUCUUACGUUUGCGCUUGCUAUAUUGGUGCUACUUAAACGAUACUACUUAAACAAUUGUACGAAAGCAAAAAAAAAAAAGUACACUUUACAAUGUUGAACAUGCGCGCGUAGACGCAACUCUUCGCGUAAUCUCCUAUACAUGUUUGAUACUAAACUUAAAGAUAUUUAUAGCUAAUAUAAGAUAGUUCAAUUCAACGACUCAUCGCGCCAAUAUCGCAUCAAAAAGGCUCCAAGGAAAUCUAGUGAAAUGCAUUCAAAAUGUGAGACUAGACGGAAGCAGUAUUUUGAAAUAUUAAAAGUAUACUUUGAUUUAUUUAUUUGUAAUGCAGAAUUAACUUUCUUUUAGUGUAUGUGAGCGACGUAGACUGAGCUUAGAAUCGAAUCUAUAUUUUAUAUAUAAAAUAACGAAAUAAUCGGCAUAAGUAGCUUUCGAAAGCUUGCAGGCGAUUGUUAAAUAUAUGUAUAGCAAAAUGAACGAACACUACAGCCCGAUAAGUGUUAAUGUUAUAGUUUAAAAAUUUUUGAUCCUUUCGUGAAUCCACAUGUGUUAAUUACGUGUUGCACAUUAAUGUACGAUAAAUACAUUUCUUUGUCCGUGUACGAAUACGAAAUCCAAUCAACGGACGUUAAAGAUUUUCUUACGAACGUUUGAAAUCGUCUUUUAUCUCGGAAUGUUUUGCAUUUUAAUCUGUGGUGUUCGCACAGCAUAAGGUGAUUUAGUAUCACACUGUAAAUAUAAAUACUAAGAUAUUUCUAUUUCUCAACGAUCAUAAUUUCUUAAUUAUAAUUAAUAUCCUGUUUAAUAUAUAUAUAAAAUUUAUACAAACAUGAUGGUGCGUUUUAUUCCUUAACAUUGCGAAAAAAAACCCACAAUUAUAAUUCACAAUCGCGUUAGAAAGCUUUUAUUCAUUUUUAAUUAUUAAAAUGCUUAUGGAAAAAUGUCACACGCACAAAAAGUGAUUUAUUUUAGCAUAUCAAUUUAAUAUCAAAUAUCUUGAUGAAUAAGAUUUGCCAGUUAA